CCGCUGUUCUUUGAGAGCAAAUCAUGGCCACAAGCGAGAUCUCCGUCACUACAGAGCACGAUGAGCCUCGACCAGAAGAACCACGACGCAACGCUUAUCACCGGAAUAAAGACCACCGCCUGCGGAGAUUGCUCACGAUGGAGACAUCUCUCGCAAAGAACAUUCACAAGUGUAACCCACAGACAGAUUCGCCCAUCUGGAGACUUCCACAGGAGAUUCGCGACAUGGUGUGUGGUUCAACAUUUUCUUUGUCUUCUGGUUUGCUAUCACGCUUCCUCAUUUAGAACGGCUUAUGCAAACGACUCACAAAUGUGGCCUCCUUGGCAUCUACGUAGAUCUUCCCACUCAUCACGGCCCAGUACGAAGACACGUCACAAGCGUAUGAAAACUACGAAAAUUGGUAUCGGCCCGAUCAUCGAGGGCCAUUGAGGUCAGAUACAAGCAUCUUGCAAACUUGCCGCCGGGCCUGGUUAGAGACGAAUGCGCUACCGAUGCAGCAAGCUGUGCAUCUUUUCUGGCACCAUACCAACAUUCAAGACGCGAAACAUGACAGGCUUCCUGGCAGGUGGUGGCAAGAGUUUGGUUCGCGCUUGACGCAUCUGAAUAUCGAAAACAUUCAGAGAAUCCAUCUCAUGUUCCCGGUGCAUAACAUGCAUCAGGUCUUCGAGAGAGAGAACAGUGUCGCGAACAUGGUAAGAUACGUCAAGCCGAAGAUAUUCAGGGUCACGAAUCGGUAUCAUGAUUGGCCCGCCUCGGACUGGAGAGAUGGGUCGUAUCGUACCACGGUCUGUGAAAGACAGGUAAGACGUCAGAUCACCAUGCUGCUAGAUGCGUGUUCCGUUCAUGUAAAGAAAUUUCAGCUUGCUCUGGAAGUCCUUCCUCGUGAACGGGAGGGGUACGCAGCAUUUUUUGGCACGAUUCGGCGAUUGAAGAAGAAGUUGGAGAUGACGAGGCAUUCGUAUGACGCCGAUCCCGUCGUGUCGUACCUCUGCGUGGUCGAUGAGCCCCGUUCUUGGCGAUGGCGCCGUCGCCGGUCGACGAAUCGCUUCGACAAGAAUGACAAGGUGACUGAGUCAAAAAUCGAGCUUCGCGUUCUUGAAUUGGAGUGGAUACGAGUGUGCGAGGUCGCGGAGUCGCUACUUAACACGAAGGCGAACAUCAUCACAGAAGCCGCGCUCCAUAUUUCAAGUUCGCAUAUGUUUGCCCAGCCAAGCGGCGUUGCCGAACGCAAGGAAUCCGGUACCGCUCAGAAGGUGCUCUUGUGGCAACAACGCCAUGUCCAGCAGCAUUCACAGAAGCUUCACAACGCCCAUGAAGCGCAAUGUCGGAAACUGUUUACCAGGUAGCUUGUGGAGUUUGAGACCGGUGUGAGCUUCAGCGAGUACACGCC